AUGGCGUCUGAGGUUCAACAGUGGCCGCUGGCCCGAUAUGGAUUCACGCCGGAGCAGCACUAUCGUCUCCUGUACUUCCUCAUUUUCACCGUAUUCCUCAAUCUCGCGAUCGCUCGCCUAUCCGGUCUGACCAUGCGUCCAUCACCGGAGAAGCGAGUCAAGACGACGCCUGCAAGUCUCCUGGUCGUACUCGGCAGUGGCGGACAUACCUCAGAAAUGCUCAACAUCCUGCACCAGCUACCAGAUCUGCGGCAGGACUACAGACGGACCUACGUGAUCAGCUCCGGUGACGCCUUUUCGGCGGCCAAGGCCAGCGACUUUGAGAAGGUGAUUGGCAAUGGUACGAACGAUAACUUUGGUAUCGUCACCGUGCACCGGGCACGAAGGGUCCAUCAAUCUUUAGCCACUGCACCUUUCAGCACGCUCUUUUGUCUUUGGGACUGUGUCAGAUUACUGUACAGAGAGCCUCCCGAUAUCAUCCUCACUAAUGGCCCGGGCACUGGCGUCUGCGUGGUACUGGCGUCGAUCAUCUUGCGCUUUUUCUUCUACCGCACAAACAGCAUGAGGACGACCUUCAUCGAGUCCUGGGCGCGAGUAAAGACACUGAGCCUAAGUGGGAAAAUCCUCAAGUUCUUUGUAGAUCGCUUCAUUGUACAAUGGCCACAGCUGGUGAGAGCGUAUGGGUCCGAUUCGGUGGAAUACAUUGGUCCGCUCGUUCGAUAG